AAUAAAUAAAUGUUGAGAGUUGGCAAUAAAAACCCUUCUUCCCAACCCUACUUUUCCUCCCUUCAUUUUGCCUCUACUACUACUACACCUACAGAAAGAGACAUCUUCGCUUCCAUGUCGCCAUCUCAAUUCUUCCAUCUCUCAACUUCUUCUUGACACAACAUAUAUAUAGAGAGAGAGAAAGAGAGUGAAAGAGAGAAAUAGGAAAAAAAAGGGGGGGUUGGAGAUAUAUAAAAUAUAUUUAUGAAAAAUUAUUAAUAAUCUGACGAUCUUGGAUUGUUAUAUUAUUAAAAACCACAUACACAUACACACACCAGGAGGGAUUCAAGAAAAAGGGUUGCAAGGUGGAUCGGAGGAAAGAGGCCAGGCCACUUCCCAUGGAAGCACCGGGGGAGAAAAGCGGCGGAGCAUACGGCUUCUCCGGUGGACAAAACAACAUGAUUUCCGGUCUCACAAGAAUUCUUGGCGCCACCCAUGAAGAAGAUCCCGCCUUGCCGCCGCCGCCGCCGCCGGAGGCCCCCCAAGAAGCUCACCAAGAUCAAGUGUAUGGUCUUGAUGGAAGCAACUGUGAAGAAGCACUACAGAGGAGUGCGGCAAAGGCCGUGGGGCAAAUGGGCAGCCGAGAUACGCGAUCCCAAGAAGGCAGCCCGAGUAUGGCUUGGCACCUUCGACACAGCUGAGGAUGCAGCCCUUGCAUACGAUGAAGCUGCGCUGAGGUUCAAAGGCUCCAAAGCCAAACUCAACUUCCCCGAACGAGUUCAAGGCAGGACCGAGCUACGUUACGUUAGCACCACCGACUCAUCGACCAGCCAUCAACAGGGAGCUGGUUUAAGCAACUUCCCAUCAUCCGUCCACAUGCCUCCUCAACUCCCCUCCGAUCCAUUGCUGCACAAUACCUUCCCAGGACUUCAGCAGUACGCGCAGUUGCUGUCUAGUAACGACGCUGAGUUCCCUUACUUAACCUCAGCUCUUUACAACAACAAUCAGCAAUUGGGAUAUGAUUACCCCGACUCUCAGCCGACAACGGCCGCCACCGACGCCUCGUUGCAGCUACAACAGCAGCAAGAUUUUCCUCCUGGUUUUGGAGCUCAGUAUGGGAGCUUUUCUGGCUCGGAUUUUAUGAAUUAUGGCAACUACUUCGACCCUAAUAAUCAGAGUGGAUGAUGAUAUUAAGUAGUUCUCGGUUCAUUAGAAUCAAGCUCGAUUUUGUGAGCUAAGUUUAGAGUAUAUGUAUGAUGAACUGCGUGUCUAUGAGUUCUUCUGGUUAUUAUUGAUUAAUGCUUGAGUCAUGAGGAGAGGGUUGGGAGAUUUUAAUUUGUACAUCUCCCCUUAAUUUUAAGCUAAGCAAGCAACUUCUGUACUAUGCUUGUGAAGACCAAGAGGUUAUUUAGUGUUCAAUUGUGCAUGAAUAAUCAUAUGUUGUCUCAAUUCUAGCUAAUGUUCUUGAAUAA